UGAUGGUAGGAUGCAACCAUGCCAAGUCCAACAGCAGCCAUUACCCAUAUGAGAAAUCCACGCCACUCGUUCACUCCUUGUGCUCCGACUCGUGCAUUUUAGGUUAGACCCACCUCUGUCACAUUUUUGCACCAUGAGUUACGACGAUUAUAACGAUCAGUAUGACAACUACGACGAGUACUCUGGCCCCGAGGUACGCGCAGAACCGUAUGACAGAUACAGAACAGUCCCCGAGGUUGUUCGCAAGUUUCUCAUCUACUUCAGGAACUGUAUAAACGAGGGAAUGAUCUUCGAGAUUCAGAACCUCUAUGAGAACACUUUUCCCAAGAUAUCAGAGCAGUUAUUCGAGAAGCAGCCGUGGCCUGAGGACUCGGACAUUGCUCACAUAGUCGAGAACGAUACGGUCUUCCUGAUCCUGUACAAGGAACUCUACUACCGUCACAUCUAUGCGAAGAACCAGCCGAGCUUGGAGCAACGAUUCGGCUCGUUCUACAAUUACUGCGAUCUUUUCAAUUAUAUCCUCAAUCCCGACGAGCCUGUGCAGCUGGAACUACCUGACCAGUGGCUUUGGGAGCUCAUCGAUGAGUUUGUGUAUCAGUUUCAGUCAUUCUCCCAGUACAGGGCUAAUCUUGCUAAUAAGAGCUCUGAGGAACUUGAAAACUUGGCGACUCAUCAUAAGAUAUGGGAUGUCCUGUGUGUCCUCAAUGUUCUACAUUACCUGGUAGACAAAUCCAAGAUCAAGAGUCAAUUGGAAGUGUUCGCCAGUGGUGGAGAUCCUGAUUCUGUUGCUGGGCCUUUCGGCAAGCAUCCACUCUACAAAAUGCUGGGUUACUUUGCUCUGAUUGGUCUUCUUCGACUUCAUUCACUUCUCGGUGAUUAUUACCAAGCCAUCAAAGUCCUGGAGAACGUCGAGAUCUACAAGAAGAGUGCAUACUCUCACGUUCCUGGAUGCCAAAUUGCAACUGCUUAUUACGUGGGAUUCGCCUACAUGAUGAUGAGAAGAUAUUCCAAUGCCAUCAGGACUUUCUCUGGAAUUCUUCUUUACAUCCAGCGCACCAAACAAGUGUUCGCUGCCAGGAGCUACCAGAACGAUCAGAUCAAUAAGCAGACAGACCAGAUGUAUCAUCUCUUGGCCAUCUGCCUUGUUCUUCAUCCCCAGUGCAUUGAUGAGGGCCUCCAGCAGCAGCUGAGGGACAGGAACUACCACGAGAAGAUGUACAAGAUGCAGUAUGGAGAUCUUUCCGAGUUCGAGGCGUGUUUCACGUAUGCCUGCCCCAAAUUCCUAUCAUCCGUACCACCUAGCCCUGAUAGCGAGAAGGAGGAUUAUACUAAGGAUGCUAUCAAACAUCAGACUCAGGUGUUCAUGGAUGAAGUCAUUCAGCAAAAAAUGCUUCCAACAAUCAGAUCCUACCUGAAGCUCUAUACCACACUUCCACUGAACAAACUGGCAACAUUCAUGUGCAGCUCGUCACGUCCCGAUGAGAAUUGGGAUCUUGAUAAGGAGGUAGCCGGGUUAACGAUUCAUCUCCUCUGUUUCAAGCACAAGAUGAAGAAUAUUGUGUGGACCAAGGGUGCAUCUGGCCUCGAUGGAAAAUUCCAAUCUGGGUCUGAGUUGGACUUUUACAUUGAUCAUGAUAUGAUCCACAUCGCUGAUACCAAGGUGGCUCAUCGCUAUGGUGACUUCUUCAUCCGAAAAAUCCUGAAAUUUGUAGACUUAAACCGUAAAUUACAUCUUUUUAAGAUUUAAUGGUACUUCCACAAAUGUACGUUUCUAUGUUUUUUCACCAGAAUAAGAGCAGACGAGUGUCCGGGUUCAAUAUAUUCAGUGAAGCAACCUUCA